CGAGGGGUCUUCGUCCACAUCCCAGCAGUGUUUCUCUUCACUUAGGCGUGAGGAAUCAAAGAUUUGAUCCCGGAUGCGCGGGAACUGUGUCUUCUUCUUCCAUCUCGCACCACUAAGUAAGUUACAGUGUUAACUAAGCUGCACAAAAGCUGUUGAGGUGAGAUGAAAUAUACGAAUGUAAUUCUGUAGCUCUAAAUUAUUAUUAAGAAAGACAUAUGUGACUUAUUGCAUAGCAAGACAAACUUCAGAAAACUUCACAAAUUUUAUGAUGGGUGUUCUGUUUCAUACACCUCGUGCCAGCUUAUCAGUUACCACAUAUGUAAUUUUGUUCAUGAAUAUUUUUGUAAUGUAUGGCUGAAAAUUUAGACAACCCACAACGGACCUCUGUGUUAAAAUGACCAGGACGCAAACGAUAGCAGCAUUGAGCUUUGAACCCGUUUCCUACAGCUGAACUGUGGAUUUGGAAUUAACUAAACUUAUUACUGUCAAUGCCACAGCAGCAAGAUUUCCCAGAAUUGAGCAAUACUCAAUACAUAUGUUUCCUCCUUGCUUGCUGCAAAUGGGAAUAUGUUUAUUUGCCUUGUUAGUUCAUAUAAAAUACACAUUGAAGAACAUCAGGAUAGAUGAGUUGUGAUAAUUAAUAACAAGGAGGCGAACUACUCCGUCAACCCCAGCAACAUAUCUCAAGUAAUGGUGAAUUGUCACUGACAUACAAUGUACGGAUGGCUGACUUCCAAGUUGAAUGGUUGACUUUACAUCGAAGAACGUAUAAUGGAGAAAUCCCUGGUGCUACUUGGAGGAUUAAGAGAGGGGACAAAGUUAACUUACACUUGAACAACACUCUAACUGAACCUGAGAAGUUGCAACCAUUCAACGGGUUCCGAUUCACAAACUCCACGAACAUCCAUACCCAUGGUUUGCACAUAAGUAGCAGGGAACCUGAAGACAACAUCUUUGUUCAUCUGAAACCCGGCCAGUCGUACAAUUACAAAUACAACAUUGAUCCUGACAAUCCAUCUGGCACAUAUUGGUACCACUCCCAUUUGCACGGAGCUUCCUUGUUUCAGGUACAUAGUGGAAUGGCUGGCAUGAUUAUUGUUGACGAUGUGAAACACGAGACACCAGAUCACUUAUGGAAGGUUUCAUGUCCCGAGCAUUGUGAACAUGAUAUACAACUCGUGUUUCAACCCAUCUUGGAAUAUAGGAACCUGUUUGGAAACGGGUUUUCAACUCUGCAAAUGCGAAUGCAAGAUAACCAAUUGUUCUGGCAUACAAAUAUCAUAUCAUCAGGUGGCACCUUGGCACAGUGGCUUGCAAGGAACAUUUAUCUCUACACAGUUAACGGGCAAGUUAAACCAGUGGUUGCCAUGCCAACAGGACAAACUAAAAGGUUCAGGUAAGCAGAGAAAGAUUUUAAAGUCAAGUUUUCUAAAGUUUAGCGCUGCAUUGGUUAGCGAAUACUUAGUUACGGCAAUUACAUUGAUGGGAAUCUAUCUCGCCAAAAAUCCACCUAUAAUGGUAGCAGCAUUGAAGCUAUGAACCCGGUAUCCUCCGA